UCCUUAGUUUUAAAACAAAAUUACCUUGGUACUUUCAGAGUACUUCUACUACUACCGCUCCUGCUACUACUAUCUCGUUCUUUCUUUAUCUAUCUCUAUUAGAAUUACAAGGUAAGGAAACUGGAGGAAGCAAACUCUGAUAAGAUCAACAGAAGCUAAAACACAUAAAGAGGAAGAACUAUUUUCCGACUGAGGAAAGAUUAGAAGAAUCCAAAAGAUGAAGAUGGUGCAGACAGAAGAUCAUAUACGAAAAGGUCCAUGGACUGAACAGGAGGAUCUGCAAUUGGUGUGUUUUGUAGGUUUAUUUGGUGAUCGCCGUUGGGAUUUCAUAGCAAAAGUAUCAGGUUCGGGGGGUUGGCGAGGAUGAAAAAACACUAUUACUACUCUAUCUCUCUCUGUACUUGAUAGUUUGAACAGAACAGGAAAGAGUUGCCGGUUACGUUGGGUUAAUUACUUGCACCCUGGCCUCAAGCGAGGAAGGAUGACUCCCCAAGAAGAACGUCUUGUACUGGAACUUCACUCUCGUUGGGGAAAUAGGUGGUCUAGAAUUGCAAGAAAAAUACCAGGCCGAACAGAUAACGAGAUAAAGAAUUACUGGCGAACACAUAUGAGGAAAAAGGCUCAAGAGAUGAGAAAACGAGGUACAGCAAUGACAUCAAUUGCAUCAUCAUCAACUAUUACUACUAUGACAGAAUCACCAACAAAAUCCGAAAAUGUUCCAGGAAUAAGCAACAGGUUCCCUGGUAACGAAGGAAGUUGUAAUACUACCGACAUAGAUGUUAAUGGAGAAAGAGAUAUAAGUGAAGAGGAAGAUUACUCGAUGGAUCGAAUAUGGGACGAAAUUGCUUCCCCAGAAGAUGAAGUAAACAGUGGACAAUUUUUUGAUGAAAGAUCUAACAGUAGUAAUAACAAUAAGGAAGUAGGUUGCAGCUUUCCAUGUGCUCCGAUGGCUUCUCCACUAUGGGAUGUUGGUUCAUAUGGGUGGGAUUGGUGACCAUUUCAAUUCAACUAUGAACACUGUGGACAAUCAUAAGUUAUGUUUCCAUUAGUUACUUUGAAAUCGACCGUGUGCAUCCCUACAUAUGUUCUCUAACUUCUCUAGCAUAUGUGUAAGUGUAGUUUUCAUUAUGUUUAAUACUUACGAAAUUGAUUUUCAAUGCUGUUCGUUUGCUUUCAGUUUUUAAGGUCAUCUAGAGAUCAUUAUAAAGAUGUGUAGCUAUGUAAUAUAAUCCCUCAGUUUGUGACAUGUCAUUAGAGGAGAUUUAUAUGUAUGAUCAAAUAAUGUAAAAUAUAAUCACAAUCAAGAUGUUUCCGUUUUAGGCACA